AUGACAUCUUUGUUGGGAUUCACCAACACUGUCUUCACUGCUACUAUGUCUGGGUUUUCUCCAUUUAUUGCUGUCUAUCAGGGACUCUUUAUCUUUGCGUUGUUCUUUCAGCUUUUGGGCUCCCUUGAUGCUUAUCUAUCACGAAACUCGAUGCAAGUCAUUGCUGUCGGCGCAUUUCAAAUCCUCACUUUAAUUUAUUCUGCUGCCCACACAUAUCGUACCAUUGGACUAUCUGGCAUGAAUCAAUUGAACAUGUUUGCUGCAAUUUGGGAUUUGGAGCAGGAUGGAUGCCCAUUUCGAACAGUCAACAAGGUCAAUUCAACCUUUUAUUUUACCAUUGGAGAUUCAACCAGUGCCUCACCAACAAAUAUUAGCACCUCCAUCAACAGCAAUUUUUCAACCAUCACCGCCUCACUAUCACUGGCUUACGUUGUGUUAGUCUUGAUGCUGAUUGUUACUUUUGUUGGCGUGCUUGUUUCUAGAAAAACCAUUGAUAUUUUUGGCUGGGCUAUUUUUUAUUCGCAUGGUGCUGACAUUGCCAAACGGGAACUGCUUACUCGCUACCAUCUUUUUAAUGUGUUGCUCAAAGUCAAUGUUUACUUUUCGAUUGGCAUAGUGCUGCAAAUGCUAUCGGCACUGUAUUUUUCGCAAAAAGUUCAGAUUACAAUGGCUAGUGUUCCAGCCAAUGUUGGACAUGUUGCCGCGCUAGCCACAAAACAAACCUUGAUUGCAGAUCAAGUCAAUAUCAGCAGAAUUUUAUUUGCAAUUGCUGGUAGUAUUGUUCUUAUAGUUGCUUCUCUGUACUACCUGUUUGGGUAUUAUGGAGUGCGACGGGGCAGCAAACUUCUUAUGGGCUGCUUUUUUGUUGUCAUGGUUUUCAAUGCGUCGGCUGUAGGAUUUGCAUUUUUUGAGGCUAUUUUCAACGAACUCUACCAUGUUGUCAAGAUAUGGCUGGCUACAUUUGCUGUCAUACACUUUGCUCUUAAUAUUGCAACCGUUGUUAGUGCUUCACUAUGCAUUCGCGAUUUUGAAUCUGGAUUGCCAGAAAUUGCUAGAUCGCUUGGUACUUUCAAGAUCCCAUCUUCUGAUAGUAUCCCAUCGAUUGUCGUUCCACAAGACAAGUUAAUGCCCUUGCCUAAAAUAUCAACUUCCCAAGUAUCGCUUCAAACCGGGUUGAACGUAGGAAACAGCUGCGCUUCUACAGCAGUAUUAGCAAUUCCUGAUGAUGCAUCUUUUAAUGCACCAAGACAAUCUACAGCAAAAUCUCGGAGAUCAUCGUCCGAGGGCUGUUCUAUACCGUCUACACGACCAAGAAUGACCAUUGAUUGAUUUGGACUGAUGGAUAUGUAUAUAUGGAAAGCUUUUAUUUAAACAGUUUACACGGAUUUACUACUAUUAUUUAUUUGCUACUACUAAAUGCUACCUGUAUCUUUCUCUUGACAAGGUUACUAUGAUAUUGGUUCCUGUUGCAACACUAAAUCUGAUCUCAAUGCCACAUUGUAUUUGAUCAAUCAUUGCAUAUUCUAUCUCCUCUUAAUACCUAUCGAUGGCUCGACUGCUCUUAUUAUUUUACGAGCAGUCGAUCAUUGAAAUUUGCAAAAUAAAUGCAAUUGGAACUAUAGUGACCAGUGGUGUUGAUUUAGAUGCUUCAAGUCAUUUGCAGACUGUUGCUUUGAACCAAUUGGGUUUCAAGACCAAUUCAAAGUUUAGAAUCCGCUGUGAUUCCGGCUUUUGAAAUACGACAUGCACAAGAACAGAUGCUUAAACGAAUCGGAUGAUUUCAGUGCAAGCGUUGCACACAAGCCAAGUCAAGCCAAGCCAAUGCAUUUGAUUGCAAUGACAAUUGUCAUGAAGCAUACGAGUCGUUUAUGAGAAUACUAAAACUGUUGAAUGUGAGAACAUUCAGUCCAAAGACUUGAUUGUAGCACGAUGAAUAGCAUGAUGUU